GCUCUUACGCCUCAAGAGCGCAAAUCAUACACCGAUGCAGUGAACUGCCUCAUGCAUUCUCCAUCAGUCCUCGACUCCAAAUACAACAGCCCAAGCCAUUUCGAUGAUUUUCUGGUGGUGCACAUUAACCAUACUUGGCAUGUCCAUUUGAAUGGGUACUUCCUCGCGUGGCAUCGGGCAUACGUGCACAUCUACGAAGAUGCUUUGCAGAUCAAGUGUGAUUACAAAGGGAUGCAACCUUACUGGGACUGGCCGAAAUAUUUUGACCGCCCGCUCGAUAAGAGCAUUCUUUUCGACGGCUCUGAAUUCUCUCUUGGUAGCAAUGGGGCCCUUGAUCCAUCAGACACUGAAGGCUGUAUCCACAGCGGUCCCUUCACAGCCUAUCGUGUCCCAUAUCGUGUCGACGAUGUCUUCGAUGCACUCAGGGGCCCUCCACCAGAAGCCGUCUGGACUCGCGACGAUUUCUGCCUCACACGAAGUCUCGACGACGAUAUAUCCCGUAGCCUUCUCAAUCAGACUCGCAUCGACCAAGCUUUAGCGGCACCAAACAUUACAGCUUUUCGCAAAGCGAUGGAUCCUUCUGCAGUAGACGCUCCUGGCAUUGGUCUCCACGCUGCUGGACAUCGGAGUGUCGGAGCUCAGAUGGAGAAUAUUUUUGCUAGUCCUGCUGACCCCGUGUUCUUUCUUUUGCAUGCGCAGAUCGAUAGGCUUUGGACCUUGUGGCAGGAUAGGGAUAGGGAGAAUAGGGUGUUUGGGAAGGAUGCUGUGAGCGGGGGUCAGACGAUGUUGCAUUCGCUGCCUACUCCAAACGUGACGUUGGAGGAUUGGAUUAGUUUUGGAUACUUGAGUGAAAUGGGGAAGGAUAGAAGAGUGAGAGAGGUUAUGGAUGUGAGGAGCGAGUGGCUGGGAUAUAGUUACGAAUGA